GGCAGCACAGACACGAGCGUCAACAACAACUGAUGUUCAACAACAGCGAGUUGAAAAACGAUUGAAAUACUUUGAUCGAGGUCUUCGUUCAGUAUUUGAUUUGGCAUUAAAAAUGGCACAGGUUGGAUUCUGUUCACUGCUCAUAUUUAAUUUUCUGUUCUAUGGAUUGAUUCAUCUCAUCACAUGCCAUAUUUGUAAGGAAGGCAAAACGAAUAAGAAGGACCGACCCAAUUUCAUCAUUAUCUUAGCAGACGACAUUGGAUGGGGUGACCUGUGGGUGAAAAGACCUGACAACUCCACUCCAACACCCUGGUUGGACUCAUUAAUGCUGAAGGGCAAAAGAUUCACAGACUUCCACUCCCCUGCCUCUACAUGCUCACCCUCACGAGCUGCCCUCCUGACAGGCAGACACGGGCUACGCAAUGGGGUCACCCACAAUUUUGCAGAGGAAUCAGUCGGAGGACUGCCAUUGAAUGAGACAACGUUUGCUCAGCUCCUGCAUGAUGCAGGCUAUUAUACAGCCAUGAUCGGAAAAUGGCACCUUGGACACAAUAGUUCCUACAAUCCAGUUCAUAGAGGUUUUGACUAUUACUUGGGUAUUCCAUAUAGUAAUGACAUGGGCUGCACUGACAAACCAGGCCUUGACCUUCCCAGCUGCCCUCCCUGCGUCCACAGUCAGUAUAUUACUAGAAAGCAUGAAGAAUGCUACACCAAAGUGGCAUUACCUCUUUUUGAAAAUGAGACAAUAGUUGAACAACCCUUGGACACAUGGAGCCUUAAGGAACGGUAUGCCACAGCUGCAGUCACACAGAUACUGACAGCCAGCGUUUCCAGGAAGAAACCUUUCCUACUGUAUGUGUCUCUCGCUCACAUGCAUGUCCCACUGUUCCAUAAUACCUUCCUAAACGUUACGACACAGGACCCCUACACAGCCAGCCUCAGCGACAUGGACUCUCUGGUGGGCACAAUCAUGCAGGCGGUCAGCAAUGAGCAGUUGGAAAAAACAUUGAUAUGGUUCACUGGAGACAAUGGUCCGUGGGAACAGAAAUGUCAAUUUUCAGGGAAUGUUGGGCCUUUUGUUGGAAAAUGGCAGACAAGCAGAGGUGGUGGAUCAGCGAAGAGAACCACAUGGGAAGGAGGUCAUAGAGUUCCCACAGUGGUCACAUGGCCUAAGAAGAUCAAACCCAACAGCACCAGCAGUGCCCUGCUGAGUGGUCUGGAUAUCUUUCCAACUAUCCUCUCUUUGGCUGGUGUAAAACCACCAUCAGGUCGACGUUAUGAUGGCAUUGAUAUAACAAACAUUCUGCUCAACAACUCUCACACUGGGCAUAAGAGCCUCAUGCAUCCAAAUAGUGGUGCUGCGGGACAGUUUGGGGACCUUCAAACCAUCAGGCUGAGAAAUCACAAGGCAUUCUACAUCACAGGUGGAUCAGUGGCGUGUGGUGGAGGACGUGGAAAACAGCAGUAUCACGACCCCCCUCUGAUAUUUGACCUCUCACGGGAUGAGGCAGAGGAAACACCUCUGAACCCUGAGAGUGAGGAGUACAGGUCUGUCCUAAAGGAAGUGGAGAGAGAGAGGGAGGCCCUUCUAUGGGACAUUGCCACAGAUAAUGUAUCGACGGCCGAUUACACUGUGAUACCAGCUGCAAUCCCCUGCUGUCAGCCACACAACCCUGCCUGUCGAUGUCAUAGUCUGAUAUGAGGUCAAUGGGCUCAGCUGUUUGUCAAAUGUGUAAGAUCACAUCAAGAAAGCACUGAAUUUUCACGCUCUGGUAAAGCCAUCCCAGAAAACCGCUCUAGUUUAAUAAGUUGCGUUGAUGUGUAAUAACUCUGUGCAACAGGAAAACUGAACAUGUGCAAGAUGUUGCAAUUUGUAUUUAUAUUGGCGUUUCAUUAUGAGAAAGAUAAUUUCUUUAAAAAAUAACAUGCCAUAAAUAGACCAUAAUCAUUUAUCCUAUUGAUUGGUUGGUCCUAUUGUUAUCCUAAAAUGACUAAUUGAUGGUGGAGGACGCUGGAGAGUGCUCCAUUUUAGUGUUGCUUGAUUUAACUGCAAUGUUUCAUACAGUUGAUCAUUCAGUUUUAAUUUAUACAUUAAAGAGAUGGGUGGGAAUAUCUGGGGUGGCUUUAGACUGGUUUGUGUCCUAUCUGUCAAAUAGGAAAUUUGUAUUGUCUGUUGGAUAUGAGAUGUCCUCCUCUUCAAAAGUUAAUUGUGGUGUCCCGCAAGGAUCCCUGUUAGGGCCAAUUUUGUUUUCUCUAUAUAUAUGUUACCUCUUGGUUCAGUAAUUCGAAAACACAACAUUAAUUUCCAUUGCUAUACAGAUGACCAACAGUUAUAUUUGUCGUUGAAUCCCAAUGAUCUGACUAAUUUAAAUGCUCUUCAAGAGUGUAUAGUAAAUAUAAAACAAUUUGAUGUAAUUUUCUGCAGUUAAAUUAAGAUAAAACAGAGGUUGUCGUAUUAAGUCAUGGUUUUAAAAAGAAUCAGAUUGAGUCAGUACAUAAUCAAGUGGUCCUAAAUAUUCAGCAGGUGGUGAGAAAUUUGUGUAUCAAUUUUGACACAAAUGUAAAUUUUGAAUAUCAUGUCAGCAAGUUAGUUAAGUCUUAUUUUUAUCAGUUAAGGAAUACUUCCAAGGUAAGACAGGUUCUGAGUUUUACGGAUACAGAGAAGCUUAUUCAUGACUUUAUUUAGUCUAGCCUUAAUUACUUUAAAUCAACGCACGAGAACAAUUAUGCUAGACUUUUGACACAAACUAGGUCUUUUAAUCAUAAUACUCCAGUUUUAGCUUCUUUGCAUUGUUUACAAAUUAAUUUUAAGAGAUAAUUUUAAGAUUUUACUAAUUACAUAUAAAGCAUUGGAUGGGUUGGCCCCAGAUUAUUUAGCAGAACUUUUAAGACCUUAUAAAACAGUUAGAUCUUCUUGUCAUGAACUGUUGGCUGUCCAAGAUCCAGAUACAAAACAAAAGGUGAUGGAGCAUUUGUAAUGAAGGCCCCACGAUUAUGGAACAGCCUCUACUGGAAUAUUAGAUCUGCUGAAUCUGUCUGUUUUGAAGUCUUGUUUAAAAACGAAUUUGUAUAAACUUGCUUUUACUACUUACUUUACAUGUUACCUGUGUUUUACUGAGUGUUUACUCAGUUUUUUUUAAGCAAUUUGUGCUUGUUCUAAUAAGUGUGUUCUGAUUUUAUAUUUUGUGAAGCACUUUGUGCUAUAUUGCUAAAA